AUGGCAGACGCAAGUGAGCGCCACGAUGAUGCUUCUGACGACGAGGCGGAGGAGUGGCCUGAGGGCCAAUGCGGCCUGUGCGAGCAAUCCUUUGAGCAGCAAGACGAGGAUGCGCCGCCGGGCACAGCCUUGUUGGUGAGCCCACGCGGCGUCAGCCACGGCAUGUGCCUACGCUGCUACUACAUCAAGCGUGGCUCCUUCGGGGGGCUAAAGAGUGGAGAGCUCAGGAGGCUGAUGAGGAAAAACAUCGCCUUGAAGGACAAGUUCCGAUCCCUCCGCCGAAAGCAAGUGCGAGCCAGCUCUCGCAAUCCAAAGGCGAGACCCCGUCAUGAGACGGUGGAUGUUCGGCUCUACACGGAGCGGAGGGAUGAGUCCUACGUGGACAUGUGGCAAGAGGGCGAAUGGAUGAGCCUCAAGGACUACGUGGAGGCCAAGCUGGACCCCGAGACCCAGAAGAAACUCAAGACAACUGCCCAAAAGCGCUCCUACGUGACCAAGGAUGACUUGGGCGUGGAGGGGGUGAUCAUAUUGCCUGAGUCCAAGACCAAGCGGGUUCGGAUGGGCACGAGGAAGAGCUCAAGUCGGGUCAAACAAGGAGAACACGCUGAUGGAAAGGACAUGGAUGUGGCGCACCAGAAGAACAAGUCCAAUUUGGAGUUGGAGGUGAACACCAAGGACUCUAGUUUCAUAAGCAGCCUCUCAUUCUGCCAGUUAACAAGAGAAGAAGCAAUCAUUAAACUGCCCCACACAACAUGUUCGACCUGA